AUGUCCUAUAUUGUCGUAAAUCAAAUUUCUGAUUUCGAACUCCAUUUUAGGACAAUAUUCCUGGUGCAGUCUCUCAUCAAAGAACCCGAAACACAUCGAUUAGCAUUCACGCUGGCUCUACAUGCUCUGCAGUUGCCCCGAGGACCUGCGGCAACUAAAUUCUUGGAAGUUAAACUGUACCAUCUGGAAGCUGAAUUGGUGAACUUGUUGAGGCGACUAGAGAUCGGUGCGUAUGAACUGCAGCUGAUUCGUGAUCGAGCUCGGAUAUUUGUCAUGAACGCGAGUAUAUUCGCCAGUUCUCCACACGCCCGUGUACUGCCAAUCUCAUUGGCUCAUUACCUUCUGGAUGCACUUUCCUACUCUCACAACAUCACUUCAUCAUAUCAAGGGCGUCGUUCGUCAAGUGGAAUCACAACUCGAAGCAGUGCACAACGUCGUCCGUCUGAUGAAGAGUUGGCCGUGAAGGUGGCAUUAGAGGCACUCGGCAUGAAAUUGAUGGUUUCAGAAGCAGACAAUCCAAUGUUGUGUGAAAGUACUCGGCGACAGCGUGGUGAACUAGCGAUAACAAUGUUGAUGAGAUAUAAAGAUUGCACCGAGAAACUUGCUGUUGUGCUGGACCAAUUACUCGACCCAACAAUGCAUCAUAUGUAUAAAGAUCAUCAGUCAAACGCCGCCUAUUACUUGGAGCAAGAUGCAGUGCAUGUGAAAUUGUAUGGAGGACAACGUCCACAGUAUCCAUAUCAUGGACAGCGUAGUGAUUGGUUGAAAGAAUGUCUCGAUAACGAGUCUGGUUCGUUGAAUCGUUUGCUUAUUGCCGAAGCGGCCAAUUCAACGAAUUUCCUAUCUGCAAUCAUUUUA